AUGACGACUAUAUAUCUGACCUCAGGCCAGUGACCGGUCACACACUAGACUAGGGUAGUCUGUCAGGGGUACAGUCAGACCUUGUACAGACCGACCGGUACCGCGACACGUCUUACUGCGCAUCUACAAGGGUGCUCUGAGUGACCCAGUCGAGGUCAACCUGGAAUCUGCCCGGCUGGACGACGCAAUUCCCGGGUACGGAGCACUUUCAUAUGUAUGGGGCUCGAGCGCUCUCGUGUCAUGAGUCCUACACCGGACCACGCAAAACGUGAUCCCAGUCACCCAAAACCUAUACGAUACGCUCAAAGGCGUACGAGAAGUUAAACGGGACCGCGUCAUCUGGGUUGAUGCAUUGUGUAUCAUUCAGAGCGACGGGAAAGAGAAGGGGACUCAGGUUCGCAAGACGAUUUCCAUAUAUGCUCGUGCGGCGUGUUUUCGUGUGGCUAGGUGCCGAUGAUGCAGGCAACGCAGGUGGUGCAUUCGGCGUGCUGUGCGCACUUGCCAACACCGAGCGCGUAUCAGCUCACUAUGAGACCAGGUCACUUCAACACGUACCCUUUGUUUCUGAGAAGUUCGGUGUCACGAUGGAAGACUGCGAUCUCUGGAGAGAAGUCAUGGUGUUUUUCCGCCAAACAUGGUACACACGGCUUUAUUUUACAAGACAUCGUUUUGGCUCAGGAUGCCAUUUUUAUGUGGGGUAAUUGCUCUAUAUCAUGGAGAUACGUGGGCUCGGUUAUCAAUAGCAUCCGAAGAAAGCAACAACUGCAAAGCCUUCUCCAGACAAGGAAUUUGCAUAACGCGUUCUUCGUGUGGCAUUCGAGCACCGUUCACCGAAUUCCAGACCAUUUCGAGUCCUGCAAUAGCAGCCGACCGUCGACCCACUAUAGAGCACUCCCGUUUCUCUACCUACUCGACCUAGACCGAAGCUUUGAGGUCACAGAUCCGCGAGACGAAAUCUACGGGCUUCUCGGAUUCCCAACAAACGACAACAGCUUGAGCGCGAGCUCCAUUGUACCAGAUUAUGCGCUCAGUGCAAGCAAAGUUUACACAGAGGUAACUAUAGAUUCUUUGAGAAAGAGCAAAAUCUCAACGUUUCAGCUCUCGUCCUCUACACUCCACUAGGUUCUUCACAAGCCGAGGAUCACGUUGAUGACUUGCCACCGUGAGUACCGAACUUCAGUUCGAAAGUCAGUACCUUUUCCAAUUCGAACAUAA